GUUUCGAGCGCUUCUCAUCGGCGUGCUUCUGUCGGCGCUAGUAUUUCAUCCCCGCGAACUGUGGAUAAAGUUUUCCCGCUUCCCGAGUGCUUUCCCGAAAGUGGAAAGUGGCCAAGUGAAAGUGUGUGUGUGCCAGUGAUCUCAAGUGCAGCACAGCUGGUGGACUGGAUUAGUGAGGGUGAUAUAGAAGAAUUCCGAGAGCAUCUUCAGCUAAACCCCAUAAAUUAUGUCUCACGUCCGGCGUCGCCUGGGCUCAGUUGGCGACAGCGCCCCACCGAGCGACUCCUCCGAAGGCUCAGAGAUCUGCGAAGCCGCCCAGGACUGGAGCAUAGAUCCCGAAUCGGGAGAUCAGUCGAAUUUGGCCCUGAGGCGCGUUAAUGGACUGUUUAUUCACACCGACUCGAACCCAGAUGACUCCAUCAGUUCGGACAACAGUGGCAUUCUUGGAGACAGCGAGAAAGCCCAAGUGGAGAGUUUCUUCAGCGGCCUGGGAACUGAGAUUUUCGUCAGUUCGUCCCUGGCGAAUUUGUACGAGAACGUGGGCAAGGAUGAGUGGCGGCUGAUUUACACGGGCAUCCCGGUGCUGCUGCACGACAAAGGAUCCGCCAAGUCGAGAAACACCCCGCGCGUCACAUUCACCCUCACUGAGCGGGGCUCCUGCUUCGCCCUCUGGAACGACAGAAUCGACAACUUGUCCAGCUACAAGGUCGCCGGCCCGGCUUUCCACACCAUGUGUCUCUCAACCGACCAUCGGAAAAUCAUUGGAUUCAGCUUCGACUCUAGUCAGGCGGCCCGGGAAUUGUGGCUGUGCAUCGAGAGGCUGAUCAGUGACCCGGAAAACAUCGCCCUCAGCACACCUGGCAGAAAGCGAAAGCCGCCAAAGAAGGUGAAAGCCUUUCAGCUGCCACCCAAAUCGCAAAUCUCCAAUCCGUGUCAAUUUCACCACAUCACCAGUGUCACGCCCGAGGACACACCCCGAUACUUCAGCCUGCAGGCCUUCGUGGCGAAGCCGCACAAGGCGCAGAGAGACCCCUAAGAGCCGCUUGCGCGGAUAAGAUUGUCUUAUAUGUCAUCCUGUAGUGUUUUAAGGAGUAUUUGAGUAUGUUUUGUAAUCCCUAAAGUAGACAGAAGGUAGAUUUGUAAGUUAAGUUGAUCAUAGGUCGAGGGAUUAGGCCUCAAUCUCUGGAAUCUGCCUUUAUCAAGAGCGUUAUGUCUGUUUUUUUUCGUAUAAAUCGGCAGUUUCAGUGUGACUAAGCAUUGCGUGAAUUUCGCAAAAACAGUGACAACAGACUUCUUUUUAACGACCUCUUAGUCAUGUAGCUUAAAAGCUCGCAUUUUAUAACUUUGUUUCCAGAGGUAAGAACGCUCUUAGUAAGUUUAUUUGCCAGUAUGUUUUAUUUAUAUGCUUCUUAAUGACUAUCUUAAAGCAAUUUCCGCAUGAAAAUUUAAUCGGAAUAAUUGCUCCGAAUCACCAAAACACUUUCGGGUGUAAUUACCUCUGGACUGCACUGUGCUUGCCACAUGAGGAGCAAAAGCUUGCAAUUACCAGAGAUGUACAUUCAUUCUCUCCCACCACAGAACCACUGUUUCCACUUUAAUUGGCCAAUAAUCCCUGUAAAUAAAUGAUAAAGUGGCCGAAGAUGGGCGAGUGCUUGGACGAGAUUGAGGUUUAAACCCGGAGUUUAUGGGCGCAAGCAAACCCAUAGACUUCAACCCCCCAACAAGAGUUAAGGCUAUUUUUAUGGGCUCUCCUUUGUGUGUCUCCAUCGUAUUUUAUUCUACAUGAGAGAAUUAAUUAAUGAGUCGGAGGUAAAGCAGAGGAAAAUUUAUUUAUAGGAGGAGCGAAUCCACCGGCUUCCAUCCGGUGCUGAAGGGUGGGAAUAACGACGUAAGUCUCGUGUAUUGUUAUUAACUGUCCCGGGGAUCAUUCUUUGUCCUAAUUAGAGCAACACGAAGGCAAGUGCGAGGAGCUUUUAAGAGUGAUUCUCAUGCCCAUAACGAGAGUCAUGAGAUGAAGGAGAGGGAAAAUAUCAUGUCUGGAGGACAUGAAUGAGAAAGUGUUUCACACAUAAAAUUCUCACACAGAGAGACGUGAGAAUUUGAAUAUUUAUUUAUGCAGAAAAUUUUCUUACCUUUUGCCAACAAUAUUAAUUUACGUGGCAUGCAGUGUUUGCAUCCCAAAAACGGAGAGUGAAAACCGUAUUUUCGCCUCUUAUUCAAAUUUAUCUCUCUCACACACACACACAUACGUUUUUCCACCCCUUUUUCCGCGAAUGCCUGGCAGAAGUGCCAAAAAUGUUCUUUUAUCGCACGACAUCGAAUAUCUCUUUCAGUGAGAGAUGAGGAAUGUUUUGGGGAAAAUGAAAAGUUGCAAAAGGCUUUUGAAAGAGUAAAAUAAAAAGUUCUCAUCUUUAACACUUUUCGCAUUGUGGCAUUUUCCGGGAGAAUUGUGAGGGAAUGCUAGAAAAAAGUCUCCAGAAGCGCAAUGCACAAAAGGAAGAAAGUUUUUCCCCCACCCACGCACAGUAGUUUGUUGAAGAUAAGAAUGAGAAAUGAAGAGAAAUUUAGGAAUGUUGAUAAGUCCUUUCGAGAUGGAAGAAAUUUGCGGGAAUUCUUUUUAAAUAUAUCUGUGAUAAAAAUUUUCAAAUUUACAUAUACAUAUAUAUUUACGUUGUAAAAGUAUAAGGAAAAAAAAACACUUGACAAAGUAUUUCUCUAUUAUGAAUUAUAGAAUACAUGAGAAGAAAUCAUUAAGUAAUAGAACAUAAUUAUAUAAUAAUUAUAUAUAGAAAAUCAAUGUAUUAAUCGUGAAAAAAAUGUUAAGAGAGAGAGAGAGCAAUUAAAAAAACACAUUUAUCUAUCGAGUUGAGAGAUGAAGUUAUUGUCUAUCAUGUAUUGAAACAUUUCAGGAAAAUAAAAAGCAUUCUUUCUCAAAAACACACUCAAAUAACAAUCAAA